AUGGUGGUCUUCAUUAACGCAAAGAUCAAGUCUUUCAUUAAACUUUUCAAGAAGAAAACUGUUUCCAACCUAGAUGAGGAGAGCAGGUGGACAGUCCACUACACGGCUCCAUGGCACCAGCAGGAGAACGUGUUCCUUCCCACCACAAGACCCCCCUGUGUGGAGGACCUGCACCGCCAAGCCAAGCUGAACCUCAAAUCCGUUUUGCGGGAAUGUGAUGAACUACGACGGGAUGGCUACCGAAGUUCUCAGUACUACUCCCAGGGGCCCACCUUCUCCACCAGCUCCAGCCCAGUGUGUGAAGAUUAUCAGGAUGGGGGUGAAGAAAUGGAGCAAAAGUGUUCCAUGUCUUCAUCAGAAGAAGAAAGGCAUAUUUCCAUCAGAAGAACUAAAACACCAACCUCAAGCGAUUUCUCCAACCUCAGUACUCACACAAACUGGACCAAGUCACUUCCGCUGCCAACACCAGAAGAGAAGAUGCGGCAGCAAGCCCAAAUAGUCCAGGCUGAUGUGGUUCCUAUUAAUGUAACUGGGGAGAAUUUUGAUCGGCAGGCCAGCCUUCGGCGGUCUCUAAUUUACACAGACACUCUGGUAAGACGACCGAAGAAAGUCAAAAGGAGAAAGACUAUUACAGGAGUCCCUGACAACAUACAGAAGGAGCUAGCAUCAGGCCCUGGCCAAGAAGAUGUUGAGGGUCACCCGAUGUAUACUCCGGACCACUACUCUACCCUAGGAAGGCUUGACAGCCUUCGGUCUGUAGGGCAGCGCUCUGGAACCAGAGACUCCAGCUGCCAGACUGAAGAAGUGAGAGUCGUCCCACCUUCCAUGAGAAGAAUCAGGGCACAAAAGGGGCAUGGCAUUGCAGCCCAGAUGAGCCACCUCUCAGGCUCCUCUGGGAAUAUGUCUGUGCUGAGCGACUCUGCAGGCAUUGUGUUCCCUUCUCGCCUCAACAACGAUGGUUUCCACAGUCUUCCACGCUCUGGAGCAGGGGCCAGAAUGCAGCCCCUUGAGCCAAGGCUGAGUGUGCUGGGCCUUGCAGAAGACACAGACAGCACAUUCUCCUACCACAUGGGAGGUGCCUCAAGGACUGGAACACUUCUGAGACCCAAAUCCCAGGAGCUUAGGCACUUUGAGGCUGAAAACGGAAGCAGCCCAGCGUGUGUGGUUUCUCCUCAUGCAACCUACUCCACGAGCGUCAUCCCAAAUGCCACACUCUCUUCCUCUUCAGAGGUAAUCAUUAUUCACACUGCUCAGAGUUUAGGGCCGCUGGAUGGUAAAAUCACCAGCUCCUCCUCAUAUGGGAAGGUAAGACCCAGCGACCACCGCCUCUCCAGGCAUGUUGUAAAAGAAGGUCUUCAGUCUUCCAGUGGCCAAUGGGAUAAGAAUCACUCCACCAUUGUUUCACAGACUGCCUUAGAUACCAGUUCCCCUGAUGCCACUACACUGUCAUCCCUCUGCAACUCAACAGUCUCUCUAAAUACUCCAGCAAAUAGGGAGAAUGGGUCCCAAACUGGGGCUUACCAUUGUAGAAAUAGCCUGAACUUCCCAAGCCAUCCCCAAGAUGUGGACAGCAAGAGUGAGUCUAGCUAUUCCGGAGGCAGAGUGCAUGGUUGCCUCGAGCCCUGGGACUAUCAGGCCUCAGGCAGUGGGAGAGCAUCCCCACAGAAGGCACAAUGUGCAAUGCCUGGUUACUCCAUGCCUGUCAAUAACCUGAGCAGCUGCAGCUUGGACCAAACGUCACACAGAGAGGACACCAGGUCCCUGUGCUCAGUGGACCACAAUGGCUACUACACCCCUGCACGUACAGGCUCCGGACACGGAUCCGGGAAUCUGUGCAAUAGCAGUGAUGGCUUUGGGAACCCCAGACACAGCGUGAUCAAUGUUUUUGAUAGAAAGGUUCAGAAAAGCCAAGGGGACCAGCCAGAUUACCAGGAUAAAUCCUUUUCGCGAAGCAUCUCUUUGAAGAAAGCAAAGAAGCCUCCGCUGCCUCCCUCUCGGACUGACUCUCUCCGCAGGAUCCCUAAGAAGGGCACCCAGCCUAAUGGGCAGGUGCUGAACGAAAGUCUGAUCGCCACGCUCCAGCACUCUCUACAGCUGAACCUCCAGUGCAAGGACGGCAGCUCGCCCUCCCAGAGCCCCUGCAGUGACUUCGAAGAGCCCUGGCUGCCCCGCUCCCGCAGCCAGAGCACAGUCAGUACCAGCAGCAUGACCUCCGCCACCACCCCGAACGUGUACUCCCUGUGUGGGGUCACACCAUCACAGAGUGACACAAGCAGCCUCAAGUCGGAGUACACAGACCCAUGGGGCUACUAUAUUGACUACACGGGGGUGCCAGAAGACCUGGGGAACCCAGGAGUGGCGUGUUCCAGCAGCAGUGGCGUGGCAGCUGGAAACGGUCCGGUUCGUCAGGUUCAAGAUGGUUCCAGGGCUGUGAUGCCUCAAGUGCCGAGUAAUUCAGUCAAACCAAAGCUCACAUCCCCAGAGAAGUCCCACAGAGUCACUUCUCCAUCCAGUGGGUACUCCAGCCAGUCGAAUACACCCACAGCCCUCACCCCUGUGCCUGUGUUUCUCAAGUCUGUGUCACCAGCAAAUGGGAAGAGGAAGGCCAAGCCCAAGGUGCCAGAGAGGAAGUCCUCUCUGAUAUCCUCCAUAUCCAUUUCCUCAUCUUCAACUUCUCUUUCUUCUAAUACGUCUACUGAAGGAAGUGGUACUGUAAAGAAACUGGAUUCAUCAGCUGGGUCUCCUCUGGCUCCCCCUCCUUCUCUGCCAUCUCCCUAUCCUACUGACAAGUCUUCUCUGCCUCCUCCUCCUGUCGCAGACUCCUCUGGGGGCUCUCCUGUGCCUCACUCUCCCGUCUUCCCCCCUCCACCGUUAGAAGUUCUAACUCCUUUCUGUUUCCCGGUGGAGGGAUGCCUUCCUCCUCCCCCCACAUCACUUAGCCCCAUUCUUCCAGACCCAUCCCCUUCUUUACCCUCUCCUCCACCUUUCUUACCUUCUUCAGGUCCACCGCCUGCUCCACCUCUUGACCCCAAAUUAUUGAAAGACACCAGGCCUUUUUACAAACAAGCUAAGCCCCCAGGUUCCUCCUGUGAUGCUUUAAAGCAGCCUUGUCACAAGGAGGAGAACUCCAGACUCACUAUGCCCCUCAUAACCACCGAAGCAUUACAGAUGGUACAGUUGAGGCCGGUGAAGAAGAACUCAGGAACGGAGGGAGCACUGUUGUCUGAAAGAAUAUCUCAGGAAAAAUCAACUCCGGUUGUUCCCCAGUAUCAUUUAAAGCCAUCUGCUUUCCUGAAAUCCAGAAAUAGCAUAAAUGAAAUGGAGACUAAAAGCCAGAAUGCCUCCGCCAAAGGCUGGCUUCCAGCUCCUGCCAAGAGUGCCAGUCAGGGUCACCAUGACAGUGCAGCUGAGCGUGUCGGCCUUCAGAGCCGCAGAGAUGGAGCGCAGCCGGCCCAGGCCUCUGGAGAGCAGCCGGGCUCGCCAACGGAGCCACCUGGCUCCUCACCCAGCAGAAAGCCGCCUCCUAUUUCAAAGAAGCCCAAACUGUUCCUUUUGGUACCACCUCCUCAGAGAGAUUUCACAGCGGAGCACACAGAGAACGUGAGUGAAGUCUUCCGAGACGCGCCCAACCUCACCAGGAGAGAGGCGGACUCUGUGCACAGCAAAGGGGCACAAGUGAGUUUUGCAACCAGAACCAGUUCUGAUGAGCCGGACUCCAGCAGCUCGAUUCUUGAGGGAGGAGCUGCAGGAUCCACAUCCCUUGGCAGAGUGGAAGCCAAUGCCCCCAUGGUACAGCCUGAUGUCUCGCCAGCCCCCAAGCAGGAAGAGCCCUGCACCUCCGAUGAAGGCAGCAGCAGUGAGAACAGUGCGGAUAGCGUGGGCAGUGGGGAGCAGUGCCUGUUUCAGGACAGUGGAGGAGCUGGAGUGCUGGAGACAGAAACAGCAGCAUCUUCAUCAGAGACCUGGGACGUCCUCAGGGAAGAAGGGAGUGAUGAGGUGACGACCCCCAGCAGACCCAGAACCACAGAAGAUCUCUUUGCAGCUAUUCACAGAUCCAAAAGGAAAGUUCUUGGCCGGAAAGAUUCAGAUGACGAUCACGCCCGAAACCAUUCACCCUCACCUCCAGUGACCCCCACCGGUGCUGCCCCCAACCUGGCCUCCCCGAAGCAAGUGGGAUCCAUUCAGAGAAGUGUCCGCAAGAGCAUUACCAGCAGUGACAACUUCAAAGCUCUGCUGCUGAAAAAAGGGAGCCGAUCCGACACGAGCGCCCGCAUGUCGGCGGCCGAGAUGCUCAAGAACACAGACCCUCGAUUCCACAGAGCCAGGUUCGAACCCUCUGCAGACACCCCUGAGAGCCCGUCAAGCUGCGCCCCCAGCAAGAACAGAAGGGCCCAGGAGGAAUGGGCCAAGAACGAAGGCUUGAUGCCCCGCAGUCUGUCCUUCUCCGGCCCCCGGUACGGGCGCAGUCGCACACCGCCCUCUGCCGCCAGUAGCAGGUACAGCUUACGGAACCGGAUCCAGAGCAGCCCCAUGACUGUCAUCUCGGAGGGCGAAGGGGAGGCCCUGGAGCCCGUGGACAGCAGAGCUCGCCGGGCUCUGGGAUCAGCGAGGGGAGCUUUGAUGGAUGGAGUGACCAGGAGCGACAAGGAUGAGGGCCACCUGCUCCGCAGUGAGGAGCCUGCCGCCUCCCUGUGGGCAAAAGCACCUGCUGGCCCAGCAGACGGUCGGGCUAGCGCCCAGGGCAGGGAUUCCUUAGGACAGUGUGGAGGUUCUUCUCGGAAAGAGUUAGAACCAGGAAUGUGA